AUGGCCGUGGCUCUUCGCUGUCGCCGGCGUGAACACGGAGAGCCAGACGAUGCGUUUGAGAUGCCGGAUGACCAUUUUCGACGGCAUUUUCGCCUCUCGAAGGGAACGGUGCGGUUGUUGUGCGAGGAACUGGCGGGGCAACUACAGCGAGCGACCGGACUGUCGGUGGAGCGGAUGGUGUUGUGUGCGCUGCGCUUCUUUGCCACCGGGAGCUUCCAAGCGUCCGUUAGAAGCAAGGAGACGAUUCGUGUGUCGCAGUCGACAGUGAGCGAGUGCGUGCGACGGGUGGCAGAGGCUGUUGUGAUCGUCUGGGCACGCAACAAGUGGGUGCAUUUUCCGAAGGCGGCCGAGGAAAAGGCAGCCGCGAAGGAAGGAUUUCUUCGGCGCGGUGCUACCCCCGGCGUCAUAGGAUGCGUCUACGGCAGCCUCGUAGCUAUUGUCGCACCGAAGGGUGAGCGCAAGGCUGCGUUCAUGUGCGGCAAGGGAUACUACGCCCUCAACUGCAUGUUCUUAUGUUGCUCAUGUCAACGGGCACUUUUUCUGUUUACGUUUUACCUGAUCUGCGAUGCGGACAUGAAAAUCUUGGCCGUGGACCCCCUGCGACCGUGGUCGGACCACGACGCUUUCGUCUGGCGGACGACAUGGCUGCGCCGGCGGUUUCAAGUGGACCGUAUCGUGAAUCCCGGGGAAUACCUCCUCGGUGACAGUGGCUACCCCUUGGAGCUGUGGCUCCUGACCUCAGUUCCUGGCCAUCCUCCAGCGCAGACAGCCGAGGGGCAGUACAACACAGCACAUGGCGCCAUGCGUCCCGUAGUGGAGAGGUGCAUUGGGCUCUUAAAGAGUCGUUUCCGCUGUCUUCAGCGAUAUCGCACCCUCCCCUACGAGCCGGAACAUGCAGCCAACAUUGUUGCGGCAUGUGCUGUGUUGCACAACCUUCGCCUUUCUGAGAGCGACACAGAAUCGGGCGAUGAUGACAGCGAUGACGACAGCAGCAGCAGCAGUAGUAGUGAGCUCUGCGGUAAUGGCGACCCCAUUCCGCAAGGCCCUCCCCGAAACACUGCGUCAAGAAUGAAUUAUUUGAGAGGGCGGGAUGUUGGUGACUCUGUGAUUGGCAUGUUUGGCACAACCCGCACGCAGCACAUACAUUACCGGAGGAGUGUGCGGCGGCAGCUGCGACGUCAACAGCAGCGUCAGCAUCGCUAG